AUGUCGACCGGCAAACGGCUCGCAAAGAGAUCCAUCAUCGGGACCCGCGUGUGCGUCCGUGGUGACGAUGGUAUUUAUUAUUCGGGAGUGAUCAACGCCGUCAAAUCGUGUACAAACGAUUCGCGUUAUUCAGUGCGGUUCGACCCGACCCCCAAGGCACCGGCACCGAAACGUGAGUACAGAGACGUGGAACUGAUCGGUCCCGGCUUCCAGACCAUGCAAGGGAUAAGGCUACUCAAAGGACAAAGGGUUUACAUCACCUACAACGGGCGAGAGACUUCUGGAGAGGUGCUUCACCACAGGCAAGACGAAGACGAAGUCCUCAUAUCUGUCAACCCUCCAGGGGCAGAAGUAAGUCAUAUUUCAUUAUGA